AUGGAGGUUCACACUGGUCCUGAAAUCCUCGCCCAUCCUGCCCUUCCUAUGCUUACCCGCAAAAAAUAUCAGACAGUUUCGUCAGCUUACCACUCGAUUUUCUACAACGGAAAAUUGGCAAAAUGGAAUUUCUCCGAAUCAGUCCAACAUGUGGUCUCUGAGUAUUGCAAUUCCAAGGAACCUCUUUCUUCCAAGGUUUACAGAGUCUCGGAUAAUCUGUGCAGCAUAGACCAUGAGCAUUACCUUUGUGGUGACGAACAAUCUGUAUGUGGGCGAUUUGCCCAAAAUGUGCUUGGGCCUACCACGGCCGUUGCAUUUGCGAAUGGCAUUAUGACACGAUUUGGCGACUUCAAGGUCUCAGCAGAGGCAAAGGGUGAAAAAACCCUGAUUCCGGACUUCGUUGCAGUGCACUGUCCCGCUUAUGACUUUAAAGGACUAGCGGAUCUGACUGAAAAACCUCAGUUGAGGUUUGUUGGAGAAGCAAAAACACCCUGGAACCAUGAUUUGGAAGACUCUUACAAUCGAUACUUUGUACAAGGGAAGCAAUCCUUUCUACGGCGUGCUCUUGGUCAAAUUGCACAGUAUAUGCAUCGAUAUAAAAUGAAAUACGGCUUUCUUACAACAUACGACCAUACCAUCUUCUUAAAGCAAGAGAUACCGUCGGGAGAAUCGGGGUUUUACCUUUACGUUAGCCCCCCUAUUGCUGCUUCUACAGUUCCUGCUCCAAACGCUAGCGAGAAACGAUUCGUUGUCUCUGUUCGACAAUGUUUUUACUACCUCCUGUGCGCUACCACUAAACCCGGUAGCUACACUGCUAAUAAUCCUACGCUACCACAGGAUUGGGUUGAUGAUAAGUCUCCGCAUUGGCAGGGUCUAACUCAUACUCCAGCAGGAGGGAAGAUUGAUACCCCAGGAGGGAUAAUAGAACAUAUGUCUCCUCGGGUUGGAAGGACAUAUUCCGACAGGGGCUCUAUUGAGCUACAUAGCACAUCUUCCUCAGAGAUGCUUACAGCAGUGCUUCAGUUCCACCCAGCCCAGGUAGUUAAGGAACGGGGAACGACAUACGUUGUAAUCAAAGGUCAAAAAAUACCAGUACAUAUCACGACCCACAAACCCAAUGAAGGAAACCCCAGCUCAGGUGAGGAAGAUCGCCACAAGCCAACUCAAGAAUUUCUGUCGGCUUUCUCUUCCGGCCCUCAAAGACAACAAGGUCGUAUCGACCUCUCACGGAACUAUCCUGCGGGAAAGCCAUCUCGUUUAACCGAGAAAUUUAUGGCUAUGGAGGAUCAAGCGUAUGAUGCCUCACACGACGAUAUGCCAUCAUCCGAUUCUGUCUCACAAGUCGAGACCCCUUCCAGAAAACCGCCUCAGCAUCGGGGAUAUCCUAGCCUGGGAAGUCCCUCAUCUAGGUCACGCCCAGCACCUUCGGCCAGCCAGUCUCCUUCAAGGGAACCUCCACAGGCACAGGAAAUGACAUUGCCACAUCGUCCAUCUAGAGGCUCAGAUAAAGCGAAAUCCCUAGGUAGACAAGGGGAGGGAGACGACCCCAAGGGAAAAGGAAAAUCGAAAGUAACCUUCGGUAGUGGUGCCGAAGAAGGCGACAAUUCAAAGCAUGGCCGUGUGAAAAAGGGGAGGAAGCAGUGA